AUGGCUGCAGAAAGACUUCGCAUAGGAUACAUUCCUGGUGAGCAAUUGGCCAUUCUCCGAGAUGGCUCUAUACUAUACAAUUAUAAAGCUAACACGGGAACAANNGAACACUUCUCCACACCUCUACAUUUCGCCAUCAAGCACUUUGGCCUCGAGGCCGACAUCAAGCCUUUCCCUACCGGCACCGGUGCCCUCACAGCAUCUCUCAAAGACAACACCAUCGACGUUGCAAUUGGCUUGACCGAAGGCUUCGUAGCAGACCUGGGAAAGACAAAUGCCGGCAAAGAGACACCCGCCUACAAGCUCGUCGGCACCUACGUCGAGAGUCCACUCUGCUGGGCCAUCAGCGUUGGCAACAAGAGCUCCAUCAACAACGAGAAUGACUUGAAGGCCACAAGAGUUGGUGUUUCUCGCAUCGGCAGUGGAUCUUAUGUCAUGUCCUAUGUGCUCGCCGAUCAAAAGGGCUGGCUGGAGAAGGAGAAGUCGCCGUUUGAGGUCGUGCCAUUGGGAGACUUCAAAGCUCUUCGCCAUGGUGUCAACGAGGGAGACAAGGCUGACUUUUUCAUGUGGGAGCACGUAAGUUCCAUGCUGUCCAGAAUCAGAAGGGUCUAUGCUAAUGACUUUCGUUCAUCACAGUUCACGACGAAAAAGUUCUACGACAAUGGCGAGUUGAAGCGAGUCGGCGACAUUUACACACCCUGGCCGAGUUGGAUGAUUGCGGCAAGAGAUGCUCAAGACAAGAAAUUGGAAGUCAUGGCCGAGAAGCUGAACCAGGGAGUCACGUACUUCCGCGAGCAUCAGCAAGAGGCGGUUGAGCACAUCACCGGUACCAUGGAGUACUCGCAGGAAGAUGCCAAUGCGUGGCUUAAGACGGUCAAGUUUGCAGACAAUGUUCGAGGUGUGGAGUCAAGCGUGGUCGAGCACACCAUCAGCAUCUUGCAANAAGGCGGUGUUCUAGACGAUAAUAAUGGCGGCGUAGAUGGUAUGGUUGCCAUCUCUCGUUCGCAAAAGGGUCAAUAA